GCGGAAUGGUGAGGAAUUUGUACCCAUCGCAGCAGCAUCACGAAACAGCUGGAGCGCAACUCAAUCCACCACCAUCGAUCACGUCCGAUUGACUCCCAUCCAGAAACGAUCACGUUACCUGUUCCACGAUUUUACGAUUACACAAUCACGACGGUCCAACUGCAACCUACCUAGCCGUUGUCGCCAACGAGAUCGUGCGGGCGGGUUUAAAAAAGGACCGAGUAAUUCGCUCGCAAAAUAAUCGGCGCUCUUUUAUCCGACGCGCCUCAUCCAUGAGCGCCGUUUGAUAUCAAUUCCUAGCCAACCGCGCCUCGACCUAGCCAGGAACAAAAAGCAAACCCAGCCGUUACACAAAGGCGACCCGAACGAGACUGGUUCCCCCUCUAUUGAUAUACAUCGCGUCUCUUCUCUCAUCUUCCAUAUCCCCGCCGUCUUGUCCUUCGUCAUCUCUAGCCCCUCGAUCAUCCUCUCAGAGUAUAACGACUUCCGCGCAACCUCCCUUACUCCCCCUCGCCGCGCAAAUGUCGGCGCCACCAUGGGACUACAUCGCCAAGCUGGUCUGUAUCGGUGACAGCGGUUGCGGUAAAAGCAGCCUAACCGUGCGCCUGUCCGAAGGCCGCUUCGACGCCCAGCCCAACGUGACUAUCGGCCUCGAGCUUGGCGGUCGCAUAGUUCCCGUCGGCCCGCCCCACAGCCGAACACUCCCGCCCCUAUCAGGCGCCGCCGCGCCGGCGAGCCCGAUGGCAUCAAGCCCAAAGACAGAGGUCCGGGAUGGCGCAUCAACAGCGGCGCCGGGCACGCCCAGAAACACGGCCCGUCGCGGUCCGCCGGCCGCGAAGCCGCCGGCCGAGGAGGAGGGCCCGCAGAAGCACAUGAAGCUCUCGGUGUGGGACACGGCCGGCCAGGAGACCUACCGCUCCGUGACCCAGUCGUACUUCCGCAACGCGUCGGGCGCCCUGCUCGUGUUUGACCUAUCGCGCCGCGACACGUUCCAGCACGCCACGUCGUGGCUCGAGGACCUGAAGCGCCACGCCGAGUCCGAUCCCGUCGUCAUCCUCGUCGGGAACAAGGCGGACCUGACGCGCCUUGACGAGAACGGCGGCGCGGCAGCGGCAGCAACACCGGCGCCACUGCCGAAACCGCCAGCGCCGACAAGCACAAUAACGACAGGGCCGCUGUUGACGCGGGACAGCAACGUGAGCAAGAGCUCAAAUAAGCGCGAGGUGACGCGCGACGAGGCCGAAGCCUGGGUGCGCGCGCACAGCGACAACGUGAUCGAGUACAUUGAGACGUCGGCCAAGAGCGGCGAGAACGUCGAGCUGGCCUUUAUGCGCCUCGCCGAGCGCAUCUACCAGAACAUCCAAGCCGGCAAGUACAACCUCAACAGCAGGCAGUCCGGCGUCAAGGUCCCCGGCACCCUCAGCGGCACUAGGCAGGUCCAGAUGAACGUCGGCGACAGCAGGCGGGGCGGGUACGGCUGCUGCUGAUCGCCCUCUCACGCGUCUUGUUUUUUUUCUUUAUUCGUUGUGUCCAUCUUGCUCGGCGCAUAGAUGCACACUUGUACGCAUACACAUCUUCUGGGAUCGGGCCAGAAUGGAUGGAUGGGACGGAUCGUUUUGAUGUGUUUUUUUUUUUGGGUAUCGUCGCAAAAGCAUAGCGGUGUUGUAGACGCAAGGAAACGAUGCGCCAUUCCUGGUCACUUGUAGCAAGCUUAAUGCACGGCUUUUUGCACGCUGCCUACUUCCAUUGAUUGCUCAUGCAGGCCUUCAAAUACGACAUCGACGGUGAGAGCAUUUGAGUCAUGAUGAG